GCCAGUCGCGGAGGGAGAAUUGCUCAGGGCCUGAAGGAUCUGUUUCAGCCCCUCUUCCUCCUUCCCUGGUCUUUGGAAUCCAGCGCUGACACGUCCCCCCACCCCGAGAGCCGCCAAUGAGACAAUGUGGCCCAGGCAAGCCGGCGUGUUGGGUUGGUGGAUCCUCUUGCUCCAGACGGUGCACAGAGUAACAGGUGGACUUCCUUGCAACCAGAAGUAUUUUGGCCGCGAUUCUAUUGUGUGCGUGUGCAACAGUACGUACUGCGACACCCACGACCCUGUCUCCCUCCCGCCCGUGGGUUUCUUUGUCAAGUAUGAAAGCAGUAAGACCGGAAAGCGACUGGAACAGAGUCAAGGGAUGUUUCAAGACAGGACAUUUGUGCCAGAUGUCGUCCUGGCUCUGGAGCCAACGCAGCGGUACCAGAUAGUGAAGGGGUUCGGCGGUUCGGUCACCGAUGCGGCCUGCAUGAAUAUUCUUUCCCUGACACCGGAAACCCAGAACAAUUUGCUCCGUUCCUACUUCUCGGAGGAUGGGAUUGAAUACAACAUGAUACGAACACCCAUGGCAAGCUGUGAUUUCUCCAUGCGGGUGUACUCAUACGCUGACGUUCCGGAAGACUAUGAGUUGAAACACUUCGCCUUGGUCGAGGAGGACAUCAAGAUGAAAAUCCCUGUUAUUCAUCGUGCCAAGGCCAUCUCUAAGAAACCCAUCUCCUUGAUCGCCAGCCCAUGGACUUCUCCCAUCUGGAUGAAAACCAACAACACUGGAAGGGGAACGGGGUCUCUGAAGGGGGAGGCAGGCAACAAAAUUCACAAGACAUGGGCCAACUAUUUUGUCAGGUUUCUUGACGAGUAUGCCAAGCGCAAUUUGACUUUCUGGGCAUUAACAGCCGAGAAUGAGCCCAAUGCUGGAUUGAUCAAUGGUUAUCCCUUCCAGUGCUUGGGGUUCACCCCUGAGCAGCAGCGGGACUUCAUCGCGCUGGAUCUGGGCCCCGCCCUGGCGAACAGCUCUCAUAAGGACAUCCGGCUCAUCAUCCUGGAUGACAACCGAGUGCAUCUGCCUCAUUGGGCGAAAGUGGUGCUGAGCGAGGAUAGCGAGGCUCAUCGCUAUAUCCACGGCAUCGGCCUUCAUUGGUACCUCGACUUCAUCGCUCCCAUCGAUGACACGGUGGGACUCACCAACCAGAUGUUCCCGGACUACUUCCUGCUCUCCACUGAGGCCUGUGCCGGCUCACAGUUCUGGGAGAGGGACGUGAUUCUUGGAAGCUGGGAUCGGGGGAAUCAGUAUAGCCGGAGCAUCAUGGCGAACCUUAACCACAAUGUCAUAGGCUGGAUUGACUGGAACCUGGCCCUGGAUUUGGAAGGGGGCCCCAACUGGGUUCAGAACUAUGUGGACAGCCCGAUCAUUGUUGACGUAGCCAGCGACACUUUCUACAAGCAGCCCAUGUUUUACCACAUGGCACAUUUCAGCAAGUUCAUUCCAGAGGGUUCUCAGCGCGUCGGUCUCAGCAUUGGGAAAAAAUGUAGUUUCGAUCUGGAGCACGUGGCCGUGAUCCGCCCCGACGGGGUUGCCGUGGUCGUUGUCCUCAACCGGUCUGCGAAGAGCGUCGCCUUUGGAAUUUCCGAUACGGCGGGCCUGAUAGUGACUGAAAUUCCGCCCAAUUCCAUCCAGACGUACCUGUGGAGGCGCGGAUGAGGAGGAAGCCGAGGAGCGAAGCCAACACCAUCCUGUGGAGAAAAAUCCUGAGCCACGCUCAAUAUGCUUUCUUCCCCCCCCCCUUCCCCCCAGGCCAUGGCCCUGUUCAGUGCGGACUACAGCAGGCUGGACUGGGGCCUACUUCACGCCCCCUGUUUGGAAGCCAGGGGCUGAAGUAGGUACUGCGAGCUGAGUGGUGGUGCCUGGUGUCCGCUGUACUCUUGGCUGCGCUGGCAAGAGCCCUCAGAAAUGGAAGGAAGGGCUGGACACGCAUUUUUGCACUUUUGUGGGGGGAAACCCCAGCCUUGCUUUUUAGGCCACGAUAUCUCCACUCCCCACAGGUUCUCAUCCAUCGAGAACUUGCCCUUCUAGUUUGGAUUCCUUCAUCAAAUCUGGAAGUUUGUCGCUUACUGUUCAGUUUAAUUUAUUUUGUGUAUAUUUAAAAUAAAGGUCUAUACAUUGAUUAUA